UGUAAAUCAUGCUUGAUAAUUUGUUGUUUCUCUUUAGGUGACAAAAUGGCUCUCGCGGACAUAAUCCCAAAUUCCACCUUGGCCUUAAACACGACCCUAUGGGUUUGCGAGCACACAACUAAGUUUCAACGUAAUUCAAAGGGAAUAUUCUACAACGGCAACCCUUUAAACUACACAUUAUCUGUGGUCUCUCUGCAGGCCUCCUUAGUUUGUUUGUCCACUACAUGGUUGCAAUCCUUUCUUAUCCCAUUUGGGGAGACCACCUUCAUUCCACAAGUGCUGGGAGGGUUGCUGACGGGGCCAUCAAUACUGGGACAAAUUAAAAAUCUUGACAAGUUGCUCUUCGCCCCAAAACCUUUCUACGUGUGUGAGGCAAUCUCUCUUUACGGGACCUUGUUGUUCCUGUUCUUGAUGGGAGUCAAAAUAGACAUAUCUGUGCUAAUGAGACUGGGAAAAAAGAAUUGGGCCAUUGGCUUGUGUUCUUGUGUAUUGCCACUAAUAUUAACCAUAUCUUCUGCUUUGGUUCUACGCCAAAUUCUGACCCCGGAAACAGACCUCUACAAGAACCUGUUUUACAUUGCAGCAUUCUCAUCAACUGGUUCCUUUCAAGUCACCGCAAGUGUUUUGGAAGACUUCAAGCUCCUAAAUUCAGAGGUUGGUCGAUUGGCAAUCUCUUCAUGUAUGAUAAAUGGGUUCAUCAGUGCGGUGUGGCAGGGUGUGGUAGUCGCACACCAGCAAAGAGUUAUAUGGAAAGUCGACAUAAUCGCUUCCAAAAUGAUGGCAAUUUCUUUGCUUGCUAUGGUGCUUAUCAUCAUAUGUGUUCUUCGACCUAUCAUGUCGUGGAUGAUACGCAAUACACCCGAAGGGAAGCCCUUGAAAGAGUCCUACAUAGUUGCCAUCUACCUUAUGCUGUUAACGUGUUCAUUGUAUAGUGAGGUAAGUGGGGAGCACUACAUUGUUGGGCCUGUGCUUCUUGGCCUAACAGUGCCGGAUGGCCCACCACUUGGAUCAGGAUUGGUAGAAAGGCUUCAAACCUUGACCUCAGCACUGUUUAUGCCAUUGUUCUUCUUCUCUAGUAGUGCCAAAUUCAAGUUGAGUUUAGUCGAUGCCUAUGGCUUUGCAAUUGUGCAGCCUGUGGCCAUAAUUGGCUUCUUUGGGAAACUGCUAGGAACCAUGUUGCCCUCACUCUAUUGCAAGAUGUCACUCACCGAUUCUCUCUCCUUAGGUCUCAUCAUGAGUUCACAAGGCAUCACGCAUUUGCUUCACUUGCAAAGUUUGCAAUACCUUCGAAUUAUAGAUGAUCGAUCAUAUGCUCAAAUGUUUAUAGCUUUAAUAUGGUUGACAGCAGCUUCCAAUCCCAUAGUGAAAUUCCUGUAUGACCCAUCAAAGAGUUACUUGUCCUUCACCAAGAGGAGGACCAUUGAGCAUGCUCUUUCCAAUGCUGUACUUCCCUUGAUGGCAUGCAUACACUAUGAAGAAGACACCCUACCCAUGAUCAAUUGUCUAGAAAUGUCACACUCCACAAUUGAGAAUCCCAUUUGCUUCCAUGUUCUACACCUCGUUGAGCUAACAGGCAGAACAAUCCCAGUUUUAAUAGAUCAUCAACACGAGAACAAGGCCAAUAAUACAUUGCACUCUAAACAUUCACAAAGCAUAACAAAUGUCUUCAAAUCAUACGAGCAACAUAACAUGGGCAACGUGAUGGUGAAACUCUACACAUCUAUCUCCCCUUUCGAGACAAUGCACGAUGAGAUAUGCCUGCAGGCCGCACAAAAAAGAGUUUGCAUGUUGAUUGUGCCAUUUCACAAGCAGUGGAGAGAUGGUCAAGUUAUGGAAUCAGCACACCAUGUUAGAACAUUGAACCUCCAUUUGCUUCGAACCGCGCCGUGCUCCGUUGGGAUCCUAGUUGAACGUGGAAAAUUGACUAGGAACAACCCUUUAAAUUCGGUGUCCUUCUACAGUGUUGGAAUUGUGUUUAUAGAAGGGCCAGAUGACCGUGAAGCCUUGGCAUAUGCAAUGCGCAUGGCUGAUCACUCGAAUAUAAAGGUUACGUUAAUUCGGUUAAUGGAGCCUUGCAUGAAGAGUAGACAAUUGAUGAAUAGAGACCCUGAUGGUGACUUGAUUCACAAGUUUAAGGUUGACUACAUCCAAAUCAAACGCCAUGAUUACAGAGAGGAAGUCUUGAGAGACAGUGUGGAAAUGGUCAGUUUCAUAAAGUCACUCGAAGGUUGCUUUGAUUUGAUUUUGGCGGGUAGAUGUCACGAAAACGACUCUUCAUUGUUUAGUGGAUUUAAUGAGUGGAAUGAGUACCCAGAACUUGGUUCUGUAUCAGACAUGUUAGUGUCUUCAGAUUCUACUUUCGAUGGAUCCGUGUUAGUAGUUCAACAAAAUAGGGUAGGGGUUGGUCAUCAUGAUUUGCAUCUAGACAAUUCCUUCGCUGCCAAGCACGAACCCGCAACCAUUGUAGAUGUGCACCCUAAGGUUAUGGCCUUUGUUUAACCAUUGAACAUAUCAGGAACAUAGUUGUAGAUUCUGUACAUGGAGUACUUAUUUUAUCUACAAUUCAUUUGUUUUAUAGUUUGUAGGUAAUCAAACGUUGGUGAACGGAUUUGUAAAUAUAGGCAUG